CAGGGAUGACAUGGCAUUCAACAGAUCCAGAAAAGUUUGCUCUAGUUACAGGCCUGUGUGUUAUCUUCCUCGGUAUCACUGGACUUGUCCUCAACCUCAGUACACUCCUCUUCUUCCUCAAAUACAACCACCGAGGAGAGAAGCACCGGAAGAGGUUCAGGACCGUUCUAGUCAACAUGAGUGUAGUUGACAUCCUCCUCUCCCUAGCUGCUGCUACUAUCAGAGGACCUGGCUUCAUCUGGCCCAGUGUUAUCUACGGGGAGGCUACUACCCUAGGUACAGGCACUGUCAGAUGCACUUUCUUCAGUGUCAUCUCCUCCUGGCUCCUUAGUGAUCUCAACACCUUGGCUAUCAUACCUAUAUCCUGCAUAUGCGUCUUUCUCCCCUCUGAAAAGCAGAUGAGAGGGAUUAUAGCGGCUGUGUGGUGUCUUCCUCUGAUUGAGCUAAUCCUCCUCAUCAUAGGAAUAGAGGGAGGGUACUUGAACUCUCACUACACCACUAGUUACCACAAGUGUUCUAUUCAUCUGGCUGAUGGGAAGAUGUUCAACUGGGAGAACUUGGUGGACUACUUCAACAUGAUCAUCUUCAAUAUCUUGCCUCUACUCAUACAUGUUGGUAUCUGGAGCGCGCUGUGUUUUAAGGAACCCCGCAUGACACGUGGUAAGCGUCUUUCUGGAGCGCUGGUUGUGACUACUGCUCUGGUAACCUGGUUACCGUAUGGGAUAGUCCAUGGUAUCUUACGCUACGACACUUCUGAAGAAAAGUCACUUGUGUACAUAUUCUUCUACCUUUCUAUCGUUACUAAUCCUAUAAUUUACGGUUUCCUGAUGUACAAAUGUGAUAUUUUCCGGGAAGGUUGCUCAGAUUGCUGCUGUGGUGAAGAUUCUGAGGCUCAGCCGAGUUAUUCAGAGCCAACUAGAGUUGUGGAGCCUAAAUCGUUCACUGAUAUCGUCAGUGGCACUGCCACCAUGACGGACACUGUUACUAGCCCUCUGUGUCAGGGCAGAGUUGCUAUUAUGGGAUCCUCAUCUUCUGCUGUUGUUGCUGACAAUUCCUCCACUCCGAAUACAGCUAGUGCAACAACCACCAAGGUGAAACCUGAUAAGCUAAAUGUUUAGCUACUCUGUAAUCUGCCCCUGUACUGAAGGUAUCUAAAGCACAAUCAUUCAAACAAAAGAUAAAAUAAACUAUGUGCAAGAAAAACUGAAGAAAAGAAGGUCCAGUUGUUGAAUUUACAUUUAAAGUAAUUAACUCUUUUUAAGCAUAAAAUAAAUCUUGUACUUAGUUGUAUCUAAUUUUAAACUGUUAAUAAGUUCUUAAUUAGCUAGAUAUUUUUACAAGUUUGGGGAUAUUAUCGUAUUUUAGACAUUUUAAUUUCAUUUAUUUCCUGUGAUUAAUUUGUUCAUAAUAUUAUAUUUGUAAUCUAUUCUAAUUAUUGAAUGUUUCCAUUUUACCUACUAUUCUAACUUUUAAGUGAUAAUUUUUUGGGGUUUAAAAAGCAUCCAGUAUUGUAUGUUAGUUUAUUUAUCUUGAAUGUUUUCUCUGUUAUAUUAUGUAUACUUAUUGUGUAUUUUUGUCUUUGAUUUACUGAGUUUUAUCG